CCCGCCGGGGCCGGGCGCAUGCGCGGGGCCGCCGAGUCGCCGUACCGGGGCGCCCAGCCCGCCGCUACCGGAGGGGAAGCGGGCGAGGAUUCCCGGCGGGGCCCCGCCGCUGACACCCCCAUGGGAUCAGAGCGGAUGGAGAUGCGCAAGCGGCAGAUGUCUACGACCCAGGAGACCCCAGGGGCUGCCCAGGCUCAGCACAGCACGGGCAAUCGAGGGUCCAACGCCUGCUGCUUCUGUUGGUGCUGUUGCUGCAGCUGCUCAUGUCUUACUGUUAGAAACCAAGAUGAAGAGAGAGCAAGGAGAACAUCUCAUGAGCUCCAAGCAGAGGGUAUUCCAAACUGUGAGGAAAGCCCUGCUCCUACUCUUGAAGAAGUAAACGCCUGGGCUCAGUCCUUUGACAAGCUGAUGCUUACUCCAGCUGGCAGGAAUGCUUUUCGGGAAUUUCUACGCACCGAAUUCAGCGAGGAAAACAUGCUUUUCUGGAUGGCCUGUGAGGAACUGAAACAAGAAUCCAACAAAAGCGUCAUUGAAGAAAAAGCAAGACUAAUUUACGAAGAUUAUAUUUCUAUCCUAUCUCCAAAAGAGGUCAGUCUGGACUCCAGAGUACGGGAAGUUAUUAACCGGAACAUGCUGGAACCCUCACAACACACCUUCGAUGACGCACAGCUCCAGAUCUACACCUUAAUGCACAGAGACUCCUACCCACGGUUUAUGAACUCUGCCAUUUAUAAGGACUUGCUUCGGUCCUUAUCUGAAAAAUCCAUUGAAGCAUAGAAUUUUUUUUUUUUUUCUGAAAUGUAUUUAUUUCGAAGCAAACGGAACUCUGGGCUACACCAAUCCACAGGGAAUUGAGAAUUAAUGAGAUCUCUACCUGAAAAUAACUCAGGCAAGUUUUACUACAGACUGAAUGAUUUAAACCCGCACAAGGCUCUGACGACAGUUUCUCCUCAAAUUCAGUGUUACUUUGCAAAAGAGAAUGAAGAGAAUGAAAAUGUUGUUGUUCAAAAAAAAUGCAGUGGGUUUUUUUUUUUCCCCCCAAACGCAGCACGCAGCUCAGAUGCAGAUCUGUUCCCAGGCACGUCUGAGGCACAAACGCCAACUGAGCACGAAAACUAAGUUUUAUUUUUAAGUGGAGUGUUAGAAUUCGCUUGAGAACCAAACCAGUUGUCCCAUCCACACUGUGACCAAAGUAAAACAGGUACUGUCACUAUCCCAGUUACACCAGACAAGGUUUCCUGUGGUGUAGGGAUCGUACUGGGCACGGGUAUAACCUCCUGUCUCCGUGUAUCUAGCGGUGCACUAAUGGAAAUCAGCGUGGCAAUCUCAAGGUCGUGAAAGAUAAUGGUUGAAAUAAUGCUGCCUAUAAAAACCUUUCGCUGAAGAAUUGCUAUUUUACUACUAGAGUCUGCUGAAAGCAUUUUUAAGUUCAUACUGGUGAUGUUUAUAAAGUUAAAUUAUUUCCUUAAGAGGAAGAAGAGUCUGGGCAUUUAAAUUCUGAAAUAAAGCACAAGAAUUCUCACGUUAUUCUCUUCCCUUGGUAAGUAGAGGUCACAUACAUUAAAGUAUUUGCUCCUGAGAGGAUGGGAGCAUCAACCAUCUUUGUUUUGUACAUAUUACAUCCUCCUGCUACCUGGCAGCAGUCAAACACUUUUUAAGUGAGCAUUACCUCGGGUAUCUCUCUCUUUACUAGAAAUGGCAGUUCAGUGGGGAACUAAUAAGAGUUGGGUUAAUGGUUGGACUAGAUGAUCUUUAAGGUCCCUUCCAGCCUAGAUGAUUCUAUGAUUCUAUUACAGAUACUCACAUGUUUAACUGACAAAAGGAGGAAGCUGGAACUAUCCUCUUCUGAUAUAGCACUAUUUCAGACCGUCCAAAAGAAAAGCAACAGCUCCAUCUGCUAAUGAACCAUGUUCGUUUACAGUGCCCACAAAACACUACACUUGAUUUCUGAUCAUAUCUUAAAAAUCACAGGAGGUACUAGGAAGGUGGUAAAUUGAAUCCGCAUAAUCUGUUUGUAGAUCUAUUGUUCUAACAGCUCCGUUAAAUGAUAAGAUUCACUACAAUUCCACUAUAUUAAACUUCGGAGUUUAUAA